UGUGAUUACAUUAACGGAUAACAUAAUGCACGUGUAUGCAAUAACUGCAAAAGUAGAAAACCGGGUCAUUAUUCGGAUCCCUCUCACCUCCAUAAAAUACUUCUUGGACAUAGUUGACAAGUAUGCGUAACGACGCGUGCCUCUAGUGGCACCGUGGAAGGAGGGUCGUCAGACGCACGCAGAAGCUCGCCUUUCUGUACUACCUUUCCAUCCAGCACAAACGGGAAGAUUUUUUUAAAUGAACACUGUGUAACAAAGAGCCCCUUUUGAACAGAUUUGGACGUCCUUCAAUCACCAGCCUCGUGCCAUCGCCGUGCGCAACUGGAGAGGAGCGUCUCUGAGCGGCUUUUUCCACCUUCACAAAGUAUCUCUGUGUUAUUUGAACAGUUUUCAUGAGCGGAAUGAGGGACUGGAGUGAUUAAACUGCAAUAAGAAUUGACUGAACGUCUGGAGUGCGUUCACAUUCCUCAGCACUCAUCGUAAACGCUUUUCUCUGUUUGUCUUUUUCGGGCGACAGAUUCGUUCGAGGCGACCCAAAGUUCCGCAGGCGCAGUUCUCCUCCUCCACAGCGGUGCGGGCAUCAGGCUCGGCUGUUGCCGUGGUACUUGCCAGUAGACAGAUAGCAUCGGCGGUAGGAGGGGAUACAGAGACUCCUGCAGGCUAAUUGUAGCAGCCUGCGUUCGCAGGUGUAUCACUGAUCCGCCUGUGAGGGACUGGGGGGCUUCAUCCUGAUCGAGCCGCUCUCAGACUUGUGAGUAACAGAAAAAAAACCCCGAGAGAAUGUUGCACCAAGUACAAUGAGCGCAAAUUUGUCGCAGACACCAAAAUCCAUAUAUGCUCCGUCGAAUUCAGUUUUGAUGAGCAAUUCUGAGUCGUCUUUGGAAUUUUAAAAAGUGGAUCCCGCGACUUUACAACCAUGCGAAAUACUUGGCUGUCUUCCCGGAGUGCGAUUUGGGAAUACUGGACACCGCUGAUUGCAUGUCUCUUUUGGAUUCAGUACUCUUACGGGAUGCCUCAUGUUAUUCGAAUAGGUGGGAUUUUCGAACAAACAGAUGGACCUGUUUCACUUGUUAGCCCUGAGGAGCUUGCCUUUAAAUUUGCUGUCAAUAACAUAAACAGAAACAGGACUUUGUUGCCGAACACAACACUAACAUAUGACAUACAGAGGAUUAAUAUCUACGACAGUUUUGAGGCAUCAAGAAAAGCUUGUGACCAGCUGUCUUUAGGUGUGGUUGCAAUAUUUGGGCCCUCACAUAGUUCAUCGUCGAAUGCUGUGCAGUCCAUCUGCAAUGCAUUGGAAGUGCCGCACAUCCAGGUGCGGUGGAAACAUCACCCAAUGGACAACAGGGACACCUUUUAUGCCAAUUUAUACCCGGAUUAUUCUUCUCUAAGCUAUGCUAUCCUGGAUCUGGUGCAGUUUCUCAAAUGGAAAACAGCCACUGUUGUAUACGAUGACAGCACAGGUGACGGUCUUAUAAGACUACAGGAGCUGAUAAUGGCCCCGUCCAGGUACAACAUCAGGCUAAAGAUCCGACAACUUCCUCUUGACACGCAAGAUACGAGACCCCUUCUUAAAGAAAUGAAGAGAAGCCGGGAGUUCCGCAUCAUUUUUGACUGCAGUCAUCAAAUGGCUGCACAGAUUCUCAAACAGGCCCAGACCAUGGGGAUGAUGACAGAGUAUUACCACUAUAUCUUCACCACUCUGGACCUGAUGGCCAUUGACCUCGAGCCGUAUCGCUUCUGUGGUGUCAACAUGACCGGCUUCCGCAUCCUCAACGUGGAUAAUCCCCAGGUCGCAUCCAUUGUGGAGAAAUGGUCGAUGGAAAGGCAGAUACCACCUAAACCUGACUCAGGCCUACUGGAGGGCAUCAUGACGACAGAUGCAGCUCUGACGUAUGAUGCAGUCCACAUUGUAUCCGUGUCAUACCAGCAUGCUCCACAGAUGACAGUCAACUCGCUGCAGUGCCACCGCCACAAACCCUGGAGAUUUGGAGGGCGCUUCAUGAGUUUCAUCAAAGAGUCCCACUGGGAUGGUUUGACGGGGAGACUGUCAUUCAACAAGACAAGUGGUCUACGUACAGACUUUGACCUGGACAUCAUCAGUCUAAAGGAGGACGGACUUGAAAAGGUGGGGAAGUGGAGUGCGUCAGGAGGUCUUAACAUCACAGAAGUGCCGAAGCGAAAAGGGAUGAACAUCACCGAUUCCCUGGCUAACCGCUCCCUCGUCAUCAGCACCAUCCUGGAGGAGCCAUAUGUCAUGCUUAAGAAGUCUGACAAGGCGCUGGUUGGAAACGACCGUUUCGAAGGAUUCUGCAUCGACUUGCUGAAAGAGCUGGCCAACAUCCUGGGCUUCACAUAUGAGAUCCGUCUGGUGCCUGAUGGGAAAUACGGCUCCCAGGACGAGAAGGGCCAGUGGAACGGCAUGAUCAGGGAACUUAUAGAACAUAGAGCAGACUUGGCAGUGGCUCCUCUCACCAUCACCUACAUGCGUGAAAAGGUCAUCGACUUCUCCAAGCCCUUCAUGAGCAUGGGCAUCAGCAUUCUGUAUCGCAAACCCAAUGCCACCAACAAUGGCUUCUUCUCCUUCCUGAACCCCAUGACUCCUGACAUCUGGGUCUACAUUCUCUUGGCCUACCUUGGUGUUAGCUGUGUCCUUUUUGUCAUUGCCAGGUUCAGCCCUUAUGAAUGGUAUGACGCCCAUCCUUGUAACCCCGGAUCAGAUGUGGUGGAAAACAACUUUACCCUGCUCAACAGCUUCUGGUUUGGAGUCGGUUCCUUAAUGCAACAAGGCUCAGAACUGAUGCCCAAAGCCCUGUCGACAAGGAUCAUCGGUGGGAUCUGGUGGUUCUUUACACUCAUCAUCAUAUCAUCCUACACAGCAAAUUUAGCAGCUUUUCUAACUGUGGAGAGAAUGGACUCACAUGUGGACUCAGCCGAUGACAUUGCUAAGCAGACCAAGAUUGAGUAUGGCGUGGUCAAAGAUGGCGCAACCAUGUCUUUCUUUAAGAAAUCUAAGGUUUCUACUUUUGAGAAGAUGUGGGCCUUUAUGAGCAGCAAGCCAAGCACAUCACUGGUGAAGUCUAUUGAGGAUGGGAUUCAGAGGGUGCUGAAGUCUGACUAUGCCCUCAUUAUGGAGUCCACAACUAUCGAUUACAUCACCAAGAGGAACUGUAACCUGACACAGGUGGGAGGGCUCAUCGACAGCAAAGGCUAUGGCAUCGGCACUCCCCUCGGCUCUCCGUACAGGGACAAAAUCACCAUAGCAAUCCUAAGCAUCUUGGAGGAUGGGCGCCUACACAUGCUGAAGGAGAAGUGGUGGAGUGGGAGCAGCUGCUUGGAUGAAGAGCGUCGCGAGACAGGCCCCAUGGGUAUCCAAAACCUGGGUGGUAUAUUCAUUGUGCUGGCAUCUGGCCUAGUGCUGUCUGUUUUUGUGGCAAUUGCUGAAUUCAUCUACAAGCUAAGGAAGACUGCAGAACGUGAACAGGUCUUUGUGCAGUGCCAUGGUGGACGAGAUCAGACUGUCGUUCACCUGCGAGAGGCGGGUGAAGCACAAGCCUCAGCCUCCAGUCAUGGUGAAGACGGAUGCAGUGAUCAACAUGCACGCUUACAACGACCGACGACUCCCAGGAAAGGACAACAUGAGCUGCAGCACUGGGAUGACUCCCGUGUUCCCAUGACAAUGUGUUCCCCCCAGGGCAAGAACCUCCUGAGCAACGUGUCAGGGGUGGUGCCAGAGACUAGAGACAAUGGCAUAGAUGGAAUCACCAGAUUCACCAUUAACCACAGUGACAUGGGGACACUAACAAAACAUGGGCAACUCAAAAUGGCAGCAUCAGCCACACAGGUAUGACAACAUUCACCACCGUAUUCCAAACCACAAGAGGUAAAAUAAAUAUUUGGGGAAGGUUACUGGGAAAACAGUAUACCCAAAUAAUACGUUUCAAGUCUGAUGUUUACGUGCGCAACACAAAAACACAAGAAAAUACACAGUGAAAAGACUGAGAAUUUUAUUGGGAAAUAUGGACUGAAGCAAGAAGAAAGGCUUUGUUAAGAAUGGCAAUAAAUGGCAGAUAUACAAGGAGGAAAAGGAAGAUCAGUUUUCAUUGAAGAUCAGUUUUGCCACAUUUAAAUUAUGAUAUCAAGUUCUUACCUUUAUCCUGUUGAAUUUCAUAAACUCCUGAAUGGCCUUUGACAGCCGAAAAUAAUGUUACCUCAAACAUGUUGUCUAGGCUUGAGUGAUUAUCUUUCAGUCAUAAGCUGCAGGAUCUUUUGAAAGCAUGGUUCACAGGGACACAUAUGAUGUAGGUGGAAGCCCAUAGCGAGAUACAAUUGUUGUGAAGUUGUUAUGUGAUAUUAUAUUGUUACACAGAAGAAAUUAAUCAUUGAUAUAAAGCAAAGCUGGAAUGGGGACACGCCUUUGUUAAAAGAUUCCACAUUAGAUCAUGUUUUUGCGGGGUUGGAUUUAUUUGAGCAAGUAUGUUUUAUGUCAAAAUCAUUUUGUAGACGAUUGAAUCAGUUAAAUUGCCAAAGAUCUGACCAUUCAACAGAACUAUAUACAGUACAGUAUGGGCCAGUUCACUUAGCUUUUUAGAGAGUGCUUAUUUUGUUUUUAAUGCAAAGUAAAUUGGAGUGGUUUAAAUGGGACUAUUAAGGGAUCGUGCUCUAACAGUGUUUCAAACCAUGUAAGGUAAUAUGUAUCCAAAGUAAAACCCAUUUGGAACAGCAUUGUAUUUUCUAAUUUACGAACCACAUCACGUCAAAAUAUUGUUAUCAACACUGUAAUGUAAAACAAUCAUUACAUAAGCAGCAUGAGAAAAAAACCUGAUGACUUUCCUGAUGAAAUGUCUUUCUGAAAUCACAACCUUGGUCAUGUGUAAAUUCCAAAAGGAUAAUCACAGAAAUACUGAGCAAUUAUAGGAACCAAUUUCAAAAGUUUGUACUUACCUUUGAUGGAAUUGUAGCAUGUAUGUACUUUUAAAAAAACAUAUAUCUACAGACUGGGUUUGGAAGGCAUUGGAUCAGGUAUUUCUGUUUAUAUCUUAGUUAAAUAACUAAUUGUAAGUCACAGAGACAAAAGGUAAGAGACUGUGACCUUAAAACUCAACUUUUUUGAGUGCAUUUAAUUGUGACCAUCCAUCCAAUCAUGAGCUGGACCUUGUCCAUGUGUGGCUACGGGACUACUGAAUGUCACAAGUACUUCUGAACACAUUUUUAAACCGUUACUUCAUUUCUCAUCAGAUGUGAUCUAUAGGCUUUUUGGCUGGAAACUGAUUGUUUCGCAUUAUGAGGGUUUAGUUUAAAAACAUGAAAAGAUUUCAAAGGUUAUCUCAGACUUGAAAGCCUUUUCUGUUUAAUUACCAAUUGUGGAAAAUCCAUACUUGUAGUGUGUGAACAUGCUGAAAGAUAGUGUGGUGAAUAGACAGAAGACAGAUGGUUUUGUGUGUUCAUGUUGACUUUAAUGCCUAUUUCGUAAGUGUACAUCUUCAGCAAGUGUCAUGCCGUAGGAGGCUUCGAGGAGUCUGUGAGCUGCUGUCACCUGGGAGCUGAACGAACAGCAAACCUCUGUGAGGUUAACGUUGUUAAAACAUCGAGACAAAAAAUGAUUCAAGGAAACUCCAAUCUGUAAAACUUAGAGUUGGUUUGGUAGAAAUUCACUGUAUAAUUGUUUAUCAAUUCCCUUCUGCAAAGUAGAGUAUGUAGAUAAGAUCAGCAGGAGAAAAUGUAUUUUGCUAAAUUUAUACGGUUAUAAAUGAAUUCUGUUCACAGUCAAAUAUGUUAUAGAUACUAUUUAUUUCAUUAGAGAGGUCACUUUAACCUACUUCCUCACUGUACCCCAGUUCCGCAGCCCCAAACCUUGUUUAUUUAUUUAAUGGAAAUUAAUUAUAUUAUGGUAUAUUGGAUUACUAUCAUCCAGGUGGGAAAUGUGUGUAAAUCUUCUUUUAUGAUGGCUAAUAUAUUUCUACAAGGUAAACAUGAAAUGGAAAUGUUGAGCUUUCCCAAGAAUUUAGGGGACACUCCCUUAGAGUAAGGAGAGUAGAAUCUAUCUUAUGUAACUGGACCUUUACUGCUCUUGAAAUCCCGAUUAGGACCUGGUCUAAGGUAUGGCCGUGGCCGACACCUGGUUAUACUAUAUUACUGUUACCCUCACGUGUACUGUAGCUUUCCAUGCAGGUGAUUAAAGACUCAAGUUUGCUUGUAUUUCACCUCUGUAAUAUGUGAAAAUAAUUGAAAAGUUCAUCAUAAUCAAAAUUAGUUAAAAUUCCAACAGGGUUUCUGAUUUGGCUGAUUCAGUCAGUUUGGUUACUGAAUAUAUUCAUCUUUUUUAUAAAUUAAUGUGAAUAAUAAUGUCAUUUUACACAAAAUUGUAUGAAAUGUGAGAGAAAAGUAAUGCAAAAUGUAAGCUACAUAACCUGUGUUCCAUUAGCAGUGUGUGAUAUGAGUUUUGAUUUUCCAGCAGUCACGAUGGUAUGCCUUUUUAUGUAUACCUUUCUUUUGAGUUGCACAGCUUCUAUCAUUUGGCAGAAAACCUUUCAAACAAUACGAAAAAUAUGUUGGUGCCAACCAGGGUUUUCUUUGUGGACAUGCAGAAUUUCUAUGAAUAUAGUUUUUGUAAGGUUUUGUAAAAAAAAAAGAAAAAAAAAGAUUUUGUUUUCCUAGUAACUGUAUGUGUUAAGAGAACAUUAGAAUAACCGACAUCUGAGUAAAACAUGGGGAAAUUCAACGAAAUAUUAUAGAAAAGCUAUUGAAUUAUUUUCUUUUUAACACAUUGUGAAUAAUUCAAUUGUACAGUUUGCUGUAUGGGUUAUAUGAAGUUUUAAAUAAAAAAUACAAACUA